ACAUAGCAAUGGAGUAGGCACUCCACCAGCAACACGAACGCCAAACCAUCAGGCUGCCGGAGUUCUACUGGUUUAAAGAUGGCCACAGUCUCAACUCAGGCUUCGGUUGCCGCCUUGCGCCGGCCCUGCAGCUUGAGAACAGGAUUCCUGACAGGGUCUUCCGGCAAACUGAGCAGAGAACUUGCGGCCAAAUCCUUGCCGUCCUCCGCCUUCAGGUCCGUCAAAGUGGAAGCCAAGAAGGGUGAAUGGCUGCCGGGCCUCGCCUCGCCGGCUUAUCUCGACGGCAGCUUGGCAGGUGACAAUGGAUUCGACCCCUUGGGGCUUGCCGAGGACCCCGAGAACCUCAAGUGGUUCGUGCAGGCGGAGCUCGUCAACGGGCGCUGGGCGAUGCUCGGCGUGGCCGGGAUGUUACUGCCGGAGGUCUUCACCAAAAUCGGCAUCAUCAACGCGCCGGAGUGGUACGACGCCGGCAAGGCCGAGUACUUCGCGUCCUCCUCCACUCUCUUCGUCAUCGAGUUCAUUCUGUUCCACUACGUGGAGAUCAGAAGGUGGCAGGACAUCAAGAACCCAGGAAGCGUCAACCAGGACCCCAUCUUCAAGAGCUACAGCUUGCCGCCAAACGAGGUUGGCUAUCCCGGCGGCAUCUUCAACCCCCUCAACUUCGCUCCCACGCUUGAGGCCAAGGAGAAGGAGCUCGCAAAUGGGAGACUGGCGAUGUUGGCCUUCCUGGCGUUUAUCAUUCAGCACAACUUGACCGGCAAAGGCCCAUUUGAGAACCUCCUGCAGCAUCUUUCAGACCCGUGGCACAAUACCAUCGUUCAAACACUCGGGGGUUAGAGAACCUGCAGAGAUUUCUGCCCAUCAUCUGUCUUCUGCUGUAACAGUGAAUUUAUGUUGCUUUUAGUGAGUUUUGCUGAAGAAACAUUACUGCUGGUACAGUGAAGAUUGAAUGCUCAUCUGAUGCUACUGUUCUCUUUCA